AGAUAACUUUCGAAUAAAUUAUCCGCACACUUUGUUUGUUCUUCGUCCACCUGAAGACAAUUUGCAGCUGCUGCUGCUGAGUGUGAGCCAUCGUCAACAACGUGGUUUCCGUUUCGGGCGUUGUUGGUUGGUGGAUCAUAGCUAGCUAGCUAGGGUUCAUCAGCAAUAAUUCCCAAUCAAGCCGUAGACGAUGCUGUUAUGAGGCGUCCCACUGCCGUGCCGUCGGGCUUGAGCUGAUCGGAGGUCUGGAUCUCGUCGCCGGAUGGAGGGGGUGGCUGUAGCGUCUCUAGACUUGCCUCUUCCGAGUCACACAGAUGGAUUGUGAUGACAGUGAUGAUCAAAGUCAGAAUUUUCACCUAGUUGCUGACAAUAGUACGAAGGUUUCUUCUGUUUUGUGCCCUUAUGCUCUUCCCAAAUUUGAUUUUGAUGAGAACCUCCAUGGACAUUUAACUUUUGACAGCUUAGUUGGAAACGGAGUUUUUCUCGGAGUUCCUAAUCAGGAAGACAACCCGUGGAUUGAAGAACUUUCUCGAGGAAGUAGUGGAAUAGAGUUUAGUCCCAGUGCUGCCGAGUCGUGCUCUGUCACUAGGCGCAAUAAUGUCUGGUCCGAAGCAGCAUCAUCAGAAUCUGUUGAAAUGCUGCUAAGAUCAGUAGUCCAGGAACAACAAAAUCUUCCGGUGGAUACCGUUCUUGAGGAAUCAGAUGCUGGGAAUGAUUUGGCUAACAUAACAUCACAAAUGGAACCAAAUCUUAAAGAGGAUAAUAAUUUAGAUCAUGUUAAAGAUUCUAUUGCAAGUGUACAACCCAAUGAGUUUCCUAGGUCAAACGAUACUACUGAGGCUAAUGCCAUCCAGAUCGCUGUGCAAACUCAAAUGGUGGAAAAUUAUACUUAUGAGAAUGUUGAAAGCAGGGAGAACGUCCAGAGUGUUAAAAUCACAACUGAGGAUUGCAUUCAAGUUGAAUUGAGUAGUAAUGAUUCUAACAAAGCAGAAGUUUACACUUUAGAGGAUGAAACCUUUGUUAACCAAAGGAAAGCAAAAUCAUCUGCUUUGGGUGUUCAAAGUGAGGAGUGUUCUUUCGAUACUAUUAUGGUAGGGCAUCCAAGUGAGAGAGAUAAAUUUUCUGAAGUUCAUCUUGAACCUACGAGUGGAUUACCUGGUAAUUUUUGUAAAGGAAUGGUGGAUGAUGCUAUAGUGAACCAAAGCAUUGCUAUGGAUGAUGCAAAGUCACGUCCUAUGGUUUAUCAGGCAGAUAUUCCUGCUGCUAGUAGGGAUUGUUCCUCCAAUGUUACCUUAGAUGAAAGUGUUGCCAAAGCUAGGGUUGAAAGCACAAUUAGUAUUUUGGGGGAAUCUUCUAGUCUGGUAGGAAGUUUGGACCAUGAUUUGUCUUGUGCUGAGCUAUGCAAGAUAGAUGUACCUUUCACUGAAUCACCUAAAGUCAGGGAGUCUGGCAUUGUUGCAUCACCUAAAGCAACCAAAAAUCAACACCUGAAUGAUGAUCGUAGUAUGUUACAAGAGGAGACGUCUGCGGCCUUAAAUAGUGCAUGUGCAUCUGAUGUGCGUGUUGCAAAUGCGAAAGAAGUUGAAGGCGUUGAGACCUGCUCCAAUCUUGAGCCCGAGAAGUGUUUGGCUUUAAAAAUAGUAGAUGGACAAAACCCUGUAGCUCAAGAACACAAUACUCUUGGUAGUGUUAUCUCACCAGAUCAGAAACCUUCUUUUUCAGAUCAGAAGCCUUCAUUUGUUAGUCCUGAGAGAUUAAGUGAGCCUUUUGGACCACAAAUUGUUAGCAAUAUUGCCCAAAAAAGUGAUUGUGGUGCUAUGAUGGAUGGAACCAUCCCUGCAGUAAUUUCUGAGGAGGGACAUGCAGAUGAGGGUUUGGAACAUGGAAAUGAGGGUAUAGAGACAGAUGGAGUGGUACUAGACAGCGGGCACCAUGCUUCAUCCCCUUCCCAAGUUGAACACACACAAAUCUAUAGAGAAAUAUUUCCCUCUGAGUUACCUGUCAACAAAUGUUACAGUGACAAAACUGCUUCUACUCAUGAGAAAGGGAUAGCAAUGCCGUAUGUUAUUGGAUCCUCUUCCACUUUUGAAGAGCAUAUAAAUGAUGUUAAAACUAUCUGUGCACCUAAGCUCGAGACUUCACUACAGAUCAAACAAGAUGCUGGUGAUGUUGGUCAAUAUUGCUCCACAGAUGAUAAAAUAAGAGGUGGCAGUCAUGACAUGUUAAUGAAAAGGGGAAAUCAGGAUAAAACAGCUACUAUUGGAGAGCACAAUGAAGCAAAUAAUGAUGGACAACACUUGCCAAAACCUGGAGAGACAGGAAGUAUUGCGGAACCUGUUGUUCCUUUGGCUUCUGAUGCUGCUGACAACUGCACUCUUAAUCUGCAAGCUGAGAAGAACAAUCAAGACUUCGGUGAUGGGGCUGUGGCUGAGAGAAUCCCACCUUCUCAAGUUACAGAUGAUGUUGGUGGUAAGGCUCAGUCAACAUGCAUGAACUCUGGCCUAGUUGCUUCGUGUAAAGACAAGGAGGACUCUAAUGUGAAGAUCACUCCUAAAAUCGAUGAGGCAUUGCCUCUGGUUUCUGCUGGCGCAAAAGCUGAUUCUAAGGCGGUGUUGGAAAUUCCUCUGGUGCCUGAUCAGUUAACACCUUUUAGGGGCACAACACAAGCUGGUUCUGAGUGUAAAAAAAAGCACGGCUCUGGUAAGGAAGGCAGAAAAAGUACUAAGGGAAACCAAUUGAAGGAAGCCCCUGUCAAAUUCACAGAGAGGAUGGACAAAUCACUUGUCAACAGGGAGAGCAGUGACACAAAGAUCAGUGGCAUUGUUUCAGCUCCAACAUCCACUCUUCCAGAUCUGAACACCUCCGUUCCAUCUGGAUUGCUCCAGCGGCAUUUCACAGAUUCACAGCAAGUACAACUACGAGCACAAAUCUUUGUUUAUGGAUCUUUAAUUCAAGGUGCAGUACCUGAUGAGGCCUGUAUGCUUUCAGCCUUUGGGACAACUGAUGGAGGGAGGAACAUUUGGGAGCCUGCAUGGCGUGCUUGUGUACAAAAGAUUUGUGGACAUAAAUCUCAUGCUAUUGGCCCUGAAACUCCUGUUCAGUCAUGCUCAGGUGAAAAGGCUACACAUCAGUCAAUCAAACAGGGUUUUCAUAAAAGCAAAGUUCUUUCAUCUCCGGCAGCUCAAUCAAGCAGCAAGUGCUCUCCUACACCUGCUGUCAUUCCUCAGUUACGUCUUUCAUCACCUCCUUGGAAUAAAAGCACUCCCUGUGAUCGCCCAUUGACUAGUGUGGUUAGUGGAGCGGUCAUAGAUUAUAAGUCAUUUUCUUCUCUGAAUCCUUGGCAGAUCCCUCCUGGGCAAAACAUUCCUGGACAUGCUGCCUUAUCACCACCGGUAUCAUUACCUUUUCCUGGGGUUGCUUCUCUACAAACUAGUGCUUUAGAUGUUUGUGUGCGUGGCCCUGUUUUGCCUAUUACAGAACCAGUGAAGUUGACUCCGAUCAAAGGAUCACCCAGUGCUAGUUCUUGUAGAAAGCACAUUCCAGCAAAUUCCAUUGCCUCUAGUUUACUUUCUGGUACUCCAGAUGGCAAUACGUCUAUGAUAGAAAACAAAAGGCCCCCAGCAUCACCUGCGGAUCUUAAACAUAGAAAGAGAAGAAAGCCUUAUGUUUCUGAUGGUCGUGGGCCGAUCACAUCGCUACCCAUUGCUCCAGCAGAGCUGGUUUCUCCCUCUGGAUUGGUUUCAUCGGUGGCCACAUGUCAGUCACAACCAUUGUCUGCUCCAGUGGUUAGUAGUAUCUGUUCUACAUUAGUCUCCGUCACUGCCUCUCCAAGCUCUUUGUCUAGAGAAAGAUCUGAUUUAGUCGAUGCUUCCUCAUUCUUAGUUGACCAUUCCAAAAGAGUGGACAUUAAUGCAGCAAAAAUAACUCUAACUCCAGAUGAUAUUAAACAAGUCGAGGUGGCUAAACUACAAGCUGAAGAAGCUUCAGCACAUGCUGCUGCUGCUCUUGGUCACUGCCAAGGAAUAUGGGCCGAGUUGGAUAAACAGAAGAAUUCUAGCUUAAGGCCUGAAAUUGAAGCUAAGCUAGUGUCUGCAGCUGUAGCUAUAGCGGCGGCUGCUUCUGUUGCAAAAGCAGCAGCAGCUGCUGCUAAAGUUGCAUCAGAUGCUGCUGCACAAGUGAAGCAGAUGGUUGGUGAAGCAAUGGUUUCAAGCAAAAGUUUCUCAAUUGAAAACAUCUCUCUUUCUCUUACUAACUAUGUUAGCAACUCAUUGAGUGCAACUCCAUCUAUAGUGAUGGAUGAAGUUGAAAACUAUGGCUCUAUUGAAGCCACACCAACUGCUCCAGAGCAUCCAAAGAAUUCACUAGGCUUAGUAAAGGCUGCUGAAUUGGCUGCUGAAGCAGUAUUGCAUGUUGGAAAAGUUGUUAUGAUGGAUCCUCAACCUUUGAGCGAAUUAGUAAAAUCAGGCCCUGAUGGCUACUGGAGAGUUUCUGAACCCAUGCCUGUGAUGGGUGUAAAAUCAAAAGAUGCCAAUGGGGAGAAGUCGGAUGUGGACAUGGUUGAACUAGGGUCUGAUGAUUUUGCUAAGCAAUCUGAGUGUCCAUCUGUUAUAACAUCACAUGCCCUAAAAAUUAGUUCACCGCUCCAUCCAAGAGGGACAUCUGAUAAUAUGGAUGGAAGUGUCAGGGCUGGAGGUAUUUCAUCUUCUAUUGUAUGUGCUGAAAAUGAUUUAAAUAGUAACAAGGGUUUUGAAACAUUAGAAUUGAGAAAGACCUUUGAGGUUUCUACUGGGCCAGAAAUUGAUGGUGGGCCCAUUUCCCUAAAUCAAGAUGACUAUGGAAACAUGGUUGCUUCAACAAAAGACAACAUCAAAGAGGGCUGUCGUGUGGAGGUGCUCAGAGAUAGUGGAAACCACAAGGCCUGGUUCACUGCCAAUGUAUUGAGUUUGAAAGAUGAGAAUGUGUACAUCGCUUACACUGAUCUCCAGUCAGACGCAGGUUCAGGACAGCUAAAGGAGUGGAUUCCUCUAAGCUUUGAUGGUAAUGAUGAACCGAUCAUACGUACGAACCAUCCUAUGGCUGCUGCUCACAUUGAGGGAGCUCGAAAGAGGCGAAGAACGGCUGUGAAGGACUAUGUUUGGUCUGUUGGUGAUCGGGUUGAUGCUUGGAUACACAAUUGCUGGAGAGAAGGGAUUGUCGUUGAAAAGAACAAAAAGGAUGAAACUAUAUUGAGCGUCAAUUUUCCAGCACAGGGAGAUACUGCAGUGGUUAGAGCUUGGAACCUCCGCCCAACCCUUAUUUGGAAGGAUAGAGUGUGGGUAGAGUGGCACACCUCAAGAGAUGAGUCUGCUUUUAAGCAUGAUACUCCAAAAACGAAAAGAAUGAAGUUGGGAAAUCCUGCUGGUGAGACCAGUGUAAUGACCAAUAUCUCAAAAGAAGACAUUGAUGUCCCAAGAUCUCGGGAAAAUAGUGAAGAAAGUUUGCUCCCGCUAUCUGAUAAUGAAAAACUGUAUAAUGGUGGUAAAAAUUGUUAUGAGGAUAAGCCCAACAAACCCAGAACAACUAGAUCUGGUGUACAGAAAGAAGGGUCCAAAGUUGUUUUUGGCGUACCCAAACCAGGAAAGACUCAAAAAUUUAUAGAAGUAAGCAAGCAGUAUGUUUCAGAAUGGGGCAGGAAGAACAAUGAUUCCGUUGAUAACUUUGCUAAGUAUGUAAUGCCACAAGGGUCUGAAGCUCGAAGGAAAGACAAUAAUGAUUCAAAAACCAGUGCUGAAGAGAAGGAAGUACCCGAAUUCAAAUCCAGGUCUCUUAAAUCUAGAAAACCACCGCUCAGUUCAUGCCGGACUUCAAAAGAUACCUCUUUGACACCGAUCACUGAAGAAGCAGGUGAAGAACGUGCACAAAACUAUUCUGAGACUCUUUGUGCUGAAUCUGUUAAGGAAUCAAAAACAUCAUCAAGCAAACCUGUGAUGGUAAAGGGAAAUAAUGCUCCUUCCAGUAGCAAGGAACCCAAAGUUGAGAUUGACAAGUCCAUUCCUGAAGCCAGUGGACCACCACGGAGGUCAAAUCGUAUGAUUCAUCCGACAUCAAGGUUGCUGGAAAGUUUGCAGAGCUCAAUACUUGUUCCGAAAUUCCCAGCUCUGUCUCACAACAAAGGUCACAGAAGCCACCACAGGGACACACCUAAAGGGUAACAGUUUGGAUUUGACAUUUUCACCUCCCUGCAAAGGAUGGGUGUCCUUCACUUGUAAGUUAAUUCCAGAAUGUGAUUAUGUAAUAAUUCCAUACGCGACCGCAUGACAUCUAGUAGUGUCACAACGAUCAAGACGCAUAAUUUUCUUUCUUUAGAAUUUAUUUGAGGUGAAACUGGAGAUGGGAAAAACAUUAGCUGUUGUAAUCUUUAGGCAGUAGGUGUUUAUAAAUAGGGCUGUACAUGAAACUCUUCUUCUAGUUGGAUAAAUGCUGCAGUCAUAUACUGUAUUUCAAAACUUGGUAUUGUAUUAGGCAUUUAUGCUAAAGUGUAAGAACUAAACUCUCCUUUUUCUUCAGGAAAUUUGCUAACUAUAGGUU